AACGUCGUAAAAGAAUGACAUGGACUGCAGUAAUAACGAUAUUAUUGUUGGAAUAUUACCGCUCCAACACUAGACGGAUACCACGCAUGACAUCCUCAUAUGUUGGGGACAAAUGGGUGGGCGAGAUGCUUGUUGGACAUCCAAUAAAGUUUAGUAGCAUUUUUCGAAUGAGUGCACUUAUUUUUAUGGAUCUUUUACAUGACUUAUAUUGUAACCACGACCUCCAAGGUUAUUCUAGAACGACCACGAGAGAGGUCUUAGCCAUAACAUUAUAUAUUAUAUCACAGAAUGAAUCAGUUAGAAGAGCUAUGGAGCCAUUUCAACAUUCAUUGGAAACAAUUAGUCGUUACUUUUACAAAUGUAUACAAGCACUUGUGAGCUUAGCAACGCAAAACAUUAAGCCAUCUGAUCCAUCGUUCGCAAUUAUUCCUGAACAAAUUGCAAAUGAUCCACGUUACAUGCCGUAUUUCAAAUUAUACAAACAUGUCUUCUAGGAUAUCAGUUACAGACAGAUGUAUUUUGUGUUAUUGUGGACUACCGUCUCCGUUGCUCACGUCACGUCAGUCUCAUUGCUUUGGAAGACAGUUCUACGGUUGUGCCAAGGGUGUUUUCGCUCGUCGCGGUUUCUUCCUGUGGGUUGACAAACCCACAUAUUACACUGCCAGCAGUCAUGAGAAUCCGAUGUUUUCUCAGGUUGAUAGUGUAGAUGAGGACAGACAUAGCCAGAGUUUGAAAUUAAAUAUUUUAAUAUUUCUCAUUGUAGUUGUACUUGUCUUUGUCAUUUUUUUUUAUUUCUUCUGGUACUCACGAGAGUGUGAGAGCUGUAAGACAUUUUUUGGAACUGAUCUGUGAUGAUUGUAUGCUUCUGCAUCAAUAAGUUAUUCUGAAUAAGCUGCCCCAAACAGUUUUAUCAGACAGGGCAUAA